AUGGCUGCCUCGAAGAUCCUACAGGUGACACGGCACGGUUCACGGUUGAGCUUUCCUGCCAGUCAUAAGACAUUUUUUUGCAGAUCCUGUUUGGCUUUUCGCGGCUGCAGCCUCCAGCAUCAGGCACUUGCCCUGGCACUUGCGGUGAUUGUCCACCUGGCAGUGGAGCCUGAGGAGCUUCCUGCCCAGGGCGAGUGCCGAGGAGGUCCACUUCCUGCUGGUUGCCGUUCAGGACGCCUGCGAGACUUCGACUGGCAGACGUAUUUGGGCCUGCUUUGCAGCGAGCUUCCGCGCUCUGUUGCGCACCAGGCGAUCCUCCAGGCCCUGGCUCGCUUCGACGCAGACAAUGCUCGGGCUUGCCCUGAGGGUUUUGCUGUCUCAAUGUUGGCCCUCUAUGCUACAGGAGCGUCCGAAUUUGAAGACCAAGUCAUUCGAUUCAAGCCAGAUGGAUCAUCCCACUUCUUGGUUCUUGCCUGGAAAUUUGAGAGAGGACGGGCAGUCCUGGACCAUUGGUCCACUUCGCUUCCUGCAACCGUCCCGCUAGCACCACCUUGGCCAAGCUGGAACUUUCCUGGACCUCUCCAGCACCUGCAGCAGGCGCAAGACCUGUCUCAACUCAAGGAGUUGCCUCCAUCUCUGCACUGCGAUGAGCAAUCUCUGGCAUCCAUUGGCUGCUCAGAAGAAACCCCACUGCUCCAGGCCUUGUGCUCGCACUGCGAGACCAAUUUGCCAUGUACGUACAGCGAAGGCCUUCUGCAGCUCUUGUCGCGGGCUGUGGAGGCCGUGCCGAAGCAGCCCCGUUCGGCGGAGAGCACAGAGAGGCCCCGGUGUGGGCACGCGCUCUUGGCGGCCUUGCUGGCCUUGAUUCCCGUAGAGUGGCUCAAAUCCCCAUGGUUGACUUGGGCAUUUCUAGUUGUCUUGGUCGUCGAAGAAGCAUCUAGGAAUGGUCGCCGGUCAACAGCUGCGGUUCGCACGGACCCGGAGCUCUACCGAAUGGGCACUCCCCCCAAGUUGGUCAUGCACAGCACCUUCAAACGGGUGGCACAGGAUCCAGAGAAAAUGUUUGUUUUCAACAUUCCCUUGAUGGACCUCUCGCCCUUUCCCUUCCACACAUCUCCGCUCCGCAGCGCUCGGUCAGACCGGCCCAAAGGCCUCUAUCAGGAUGCAAUCAAGGCGGUUUCCCAGUCUCUCGAGCGCCGUGGCAUAGGCCAUGUUAUCGUGCCUGGAGAUGCCUCGAUGAUGUCUUCAACGACAGAUGGAGUUUGGUCCAUCUUUCUGCCAGCCUUGAGCGUGCUGCAAGCGCAUCUAAAGGAUUGGAUUGAAGCCGACCUCAACCGCGAGCUGCUCGGGCACUGGCGGCUGGUCCAUGUGUCUCCAGGCCUGUGGCAGAUCGGCGAGGAGCCGUACCGAUUCAGCCCAAGAACUGGUGUUUCUUUCCGCGCCUUCUGCCCAGACUGCGUCUAUGUGUCAUUGUACCUCUACGUACAGGAGGAAGUGGGGCAGUCUGUCUUUCCGCUAUCCUAUUGGAAGCCUUGCAGGCUGGGGCUAGCCCGCCUAUUUCCUAUACAGCGGAAGGAAGAGCUGCCCUUGGCCGCCGACCCGGCCUGGCUGCGCAGGGCCGCUUCUGUGACCACAAUUGCCGGCUGCAAAGCGGAGAGGACGAGGCUCAUCGGAUUGUUGCCACGAGUUGUGCCGUGGCCAUUGGGCGAGGACCUCUGGGAAGAUCUGGACGAUGCUGUGAUGCCAGCUUUUGACAUAGAAGAUGGCACUCAUUCGGAUCUUGGCCUCUUUGACCUCAUGCGACAGCGAGAGGACAGUGAAUCGCCUGGGUUACGUCGGUUCUCAGAUAAGGUGCUCUUCAAAACAUGGAUGCUGCAAGAGGCGAUUCCAAUCGCGGAGAUCUUCCACAUGUCAAACGAGUCGCCAGAUGUGCUUGCAGCACUGGGGAGUUUGAAGACGCAACGCUUCGUGGCUAAGCCGACUCAUCUAGCUGCGACAAGCUACGUGUAUGUGAUGAAGGAUGGCAUCAACCUGGUGAAUGGCCAAAGUUUGAGCCACGAGGAGAUCAACUCUGGCUUGCGAGAGGCAUGGAACGAAAGGCAUGUGGACGACUGGGCGACAGAAUCAACUCGGCCCGGUGUGCUCAUUGAGGAGUUGGUUGAGAGCUCGGAGAGACAGGGGCGCACACCAGACGAGUUGAAGUGCCAGACAUUUUGGGGGAAGCUGUUCUUUUGUGAAUGGACCUUCGUCCAGAACAUGUCUUCGGGUGACGAGGGCUCUGCCCGUUUCGAUGAUGCACACCAGCAGGGUGACCGAGCUCAGCCUGCUUUGGGACACCAGGCCUGUGGAAUUCCAAACUUUGCCUCAAACGGAUACAUCUUCCGGGACGGCAGCUGUCUUGACUGUGUCGCAGCGCCUCCACUCACGGGCGAGGCUUGGAAGCGAAUGGUGUCGACGAUUGAAACGAUUGCACGGGGCAGCGACCACAUCCGCAUCGAUGUGUUCGUGCCAGGAGGUGGCCGGUUUCUUGUGAACGAAGCCAACAUCAGUUAUGCGGAAUACCCAAGACCAAACUGUCACGAGCAGAUGAUGGGCAAGCAGGGGACGAAAAGCACAGCAGGCAACUUGAUCAUGUGCAUGGUGAAGUUUGAUUGCUUGACGCCCUCUGCACUGGAGCUAGACGAUGUAUGCUGGUACGGCUUCUUGAAGAUUUCUCAGUUCCCAGCGGAACUUGUCGAGGAGAUGUCCGAUCCCAAGGAUAUCUUUUUCGGCGCUCUGAAAAAAGAUCCUUGUGUGCUUUCCGAGACGGUGCAGUCAUGUGAGAUUGCCGUGCGGGGUGUUCAGGUACUUUGCCAACACAUUGUGCAGCUUUCACCACGGCUUCUGCGAGCCUCGAGCCACGUGGGUGCGCUUGUGGCCACUCUUGGCUAUGCUGAAUUGCUUUCCAUUGCAUCCGGCUCAAUCAACACUGUAGAAUUCAGGUUGACCUGGGAUGCGGCAGCUGCCACAGUGGCUUUGCCAGCACGCCUGCCAAGAGAGCUUGAACGAGCACAGUCCGCUCCAAGCAUGCCGCGGCUGCACGGCACCGAGGCGUGGCGCAGUUUCUUGGCUCCGGGUUUCGGUGCCGGAAAGACCCAAGGCAGAAUACAGGACGCCUUCGUGCCAGACUCUCGUGACUACUCCAAGGAAGAGCUCCUGGCAACGCUCUUCACGCAGCCACGAGAUGCAGAAGGUGUCCCGCCACCGCUGGGCUCACUGCCUUUCCCGCGCCACCUGCUUUCGACUACGAUGCGCGAAGACUUCCGUGUCGACAGAUUGGGUCAUGCCGUUCUGCAUCAGAGGCAUCACGGUGGCUUACCAGCCGGCCACUGA